AUGAGCGGCUCAUCAAUCCACCGGGGCUGCGGGAACCCACCCGUGGGAUUCUUUAGUAAGUUUGAUCCCAAGCUGGUCCCUGGCCAUGACCGUGCCCGUCAACGCACCCAUGAAGCUACCUGGAUCAAACUUGCCGAGGCUGUGCCAAAGGACGAGAAGGACUGGCGCUUAGCGAGACAUAAGCAUGCCUUCAGCACCCCGGCGGAUAUGGUGAAGACAUUAGAAGAUCUCCUUGAUGGUGAAAAGAAGUCUCAGCUUUACAAGACUGUCUACCUAGCAAGUCGUUACGUGAUCCUUCGUGGCGGUUCCUCCCAUAGGGAAGCGGUAUACACUGAACUUCGAAAGUGCCUGGGCAAUGAAGAACUUAAGGAGGAGAUGUUAGACAUAUACAUGAAGGCAGUGGUGAUGUUCGUCAAAGUCCUCGAUGACUUAUUUUUGAAGGGCCUCUUGCACCGCGCUUUCGAACUUGUCCUUUACAUACCGAUACAAAUAUCACACCUGCGUCUUUACGGACCCAACCAAGAAAGAUUUGUUACUUACCUCUCGAUCCAGAAGCCUCCUGUCGAGAUUCAAGGAUCCCUGCUACUUUCCAUUCCCUUCCUGGUCCACCGUUUGUUCCCAGAACUCAGCCUUACCAGUAUCCAGAAUGCUUUUGGCACCACGAUCCAUAGUCCGGCUGAAUAUCGCAUCUUCGAGAGGGCAUUGCAAGGCCUAAACAUGCUUCCUCGCCUUCCAUCGCGGCCCAUUGAAGUCUUGAACAUACCCCAGAGUCUGCUAUCGGACAUACCAGAACUGGCGACAAAACUUCGUGGGUAUAACCCCAUGCUACCACUGUAUGUUCCACCGAGCACCCAGAUGCAUUGCUGCCAAUGGCCAGACGACAAAGAUCGUCUAACAGGUGUAUUGUGGGAAAUCUUGACCAGCCAAAACCUUCUUAACAAAGGGGACCAUCGCCUCAGUAAACGAUAUGCAGUACAUCACGAUGAAGGACGUCUCCCCACUCCGGAUAACCACGUCCAGGUUCUUAUACCUGUAAUUGACUCAACUGUCGCUGAAUCCCAGGUUUCGCUGGAUCCCGCUGUGCAUGAUAGAAAAUGGAGACAUCGAUGGGAAGCUGGGCAAUGGAUCCUCAUGCAGCCGGGCACAUCUUUACUACCGGAACAACCGGUCGAAUACUUAGCCUUGUUGUUCCUGAUAUCAAGUACCGACCCUGUUCGCAGAACGGUAGUCGGGCCAUGA